CAUUCCCAUCUCCGGAAAUUAUCUGGAUUCCAGACGUUAGGAUGCUUCGAUGAUCAUACCUGAGCUGCCGUCUCGCAAUCCCCUUCGCGAACCAUGCUUUCAACCGGCUUCGCAGACGCACCUGUGUCUCGCAGCCUUGCCUACGGCAUCGUCGCCGCAUCGAUUCUGGCAAGCGUCACAGACGUCAAGCACUAUUUCUACAUCCAAGUUGAUCCGCAUCUGUGGCGGUACCAUCAGCUAUGGCGCAUAUUCACAUAUCAGUUGUGCUACACCAAUUCAACCGAAGUGCUGUUUGCCACAAUGACAAUCUACAACAUGCGAGUAAUAGAACGGUUAUGGGGAAGCCGUAAAUACGCCUCUUUCGUCAUUCUCAGCUUCUGCUUCACGACCCUCCUACCACCCAUGCUCCUCGCCCUAAUUCUCCGACCGCUCUCUUUGAACAACUUCAACUACAUCCCCGCAGGAUGUACGCCCCUUAUAUUUGCCAUUCUGGCACAAUAUCACGCAGCGAUCCCACACGUCUAUAAAUAUCGGAUAGCGGCAUCCCCUUCUCCUCCCGCGAAUGAGCCGUUUGUGGGCCUCACCUUCUCAGACAAAUCUUACGUUUACCUACCAGCUGCCCAACUAGCGCUCUCGCAGUUUCCAGGCUCACUAUUAUGUGCGGUUGCGGGAUGGGUGGUGGGUUAUUCGUGGAGGAAUGAGGUAUUGCCUGCAGCUGCCAUACGAUGGAGAAUUCCCGGGUGGAUGGUAGGGAUACGGCCGAGGAAGAGAGGGGAGGAUUUCGAGGGUUUGAGAAGGAGAUUGGAGGGCGAGAAUACGAAUGCUGCUAUGGCUACGGGCUCAGAUGGGAGAUUGGGUGGCGAGGUGGGGAGAAGAAGGACGCUGGGGAGACAGCUUCUGGAUCAGUUCCGCGGCGCGUUUUAAAUGAUUGAAAUAUUAGUGCGCAAUAUAUGCAUGGCGUUUACUCCAAAGAAAGAAUUCAAGCUGA